CCAGGGGCGGGGGGGAGAAGCACAGGCUUGACCCCCACACGUGGGGAGGGCGCAGUGAGCCGGGUAAGGGACCUGUGGGGACCAACUUGGCAUUGCCAGGGGCCCCUGAGUGAAGCCCUUGGGCUGCUGUCUCUGGGAAAACAAGGCUGCCCUGGGGGAGAAGGACAAUGUUCCAAAGCAGGGGAUCCUGACCCAACCCAGAGUGUGGUUUCUGGCUGAGCCUCCCAAAUGUCCCCACGGUGACAACCCCAAGUGCAUACCCCAGGGUCGGUGAAGGAGCCCUCCACGCGCAUGAAACAGAGUUAGCUCCAGCAGCAACAGAAAACUUAGAAGAAUAAAAAAAUUAAAACCUACCAACACUACUUUGUCUUCUCAGCGAUAGCUGGAGAGACACCGCAUUGAAACAAAGGCUGGUGGCCUGUCAACAGAAUUCUUGGGGAUGAGAAAAGGAUUUCCAAACCGAAACCCCCGACGGAGGCUUUAAAAUCAGAGCAGAGAACUGAAACAAAAUUAGAAAACAAGCUCCUGGGAUACUCUGAGACUCAAAGAACAAAUAUAAAGGAACUAGAACUGUGAGAGAAAAGGUCAUGCAUGCCGGAGAGAUCCAGAAGAGCCAAUAUACAUACAGGAGGUGUUGGAGAGGGAGAGGGAGCAGGGGGAGGAGAAAUACCGAAGGAAAACAGUGAAGAGACUCUCCCUGGGUUGAGGAAGACUGAAUUGUUCCCAUGGAAAGAAAUGGUCCAGUUCAAUGCGAGAUGGGAGGCAAAAAUCGCCUGCCUGGGGAGGGUAGGAGUGAGGCUGUGGCGCCCACAGACCACAGACGGAACAGCCUGGGAUCAGGUUGAGGUGCUAGGCUUCCUGGCCUGCCCUCAGAACACCUGGGAGCAGAGCCCACAAGGGGGAUUGCUGAUGGCACUAAAAGUGCCAAUGCUUUGAGUCAUGAUACUUGUUCUGCUUUUUAAGUGAAAUUAAAGGAGAGCACAGACAUUAUAUUUUUUCUCAGUAGAACAUCCCCAAGACUCCAAUUCAAUAGAUAUAAUUUGUUUUUAAACAAGUCUCCCUAGGAGCCUUGCCCCCGUUAACCCAUAUCUCUGUACUGAGGCAAGAAAUGUUUCUAGCUUCUUCUGUAACCUUACAGAGAUAUUUUAUUUUAUGCAUUUCCCAGCACGUAUAUGUAUAUCAUCUUCUUCUUCUUCUUCUUCUUCUUCUAACAUAAAUGGAAGCAUACCUUAGACCCCUUAUGCACCUAAUUUCAAUUUUUUUUUUACCUAAGGUAUUUUAGAGAUCUUUCCAUAUCAGUAAAGAAACAUCUUCCUUGCUCUUUUUAAUGGAAGUAUCCCACUGGCUAGCCAUUUCCUGAGGACUUUAACCAGUCUCCUGUGGAUGCACAUUCAGACGGCUUAUGAUUUUUUGGGCCUAAGGUUUUUAUGACCCAUUAAGAUGACAGAAGUUGAGAAAUUCCAAGUUUUCCCAGAGGAUGUUUCUGACCUAAGAAUUCUCUACCUGACCAAACUGCUGAUUCCCAAUAAAGGCAACAGAAAGAUAUUUUCUUUAGACCUGCAAAGACUCAGAAUGAUGCUUCUUUUUUGAGGACAAAGUUACUCGGGGGAGCACUCCAGCAAACAGGGGGAAAAAAAGAAAAAGAAAAACUCCUGUAAGGGAAAGAUCGGUUUAGAAUAAACAGUGGAGAGCAAUGACUCAAAACAAUACAAUCUGGAGGUGAUUUUACAGUGAGAUUAACGUGGUGGUGUAGCUCAAUGAAAAUGUUACCAAAUGACCCCUUAAAAGGAAAGUGCACAAUGCAAAACUUAAUGUUAAGUUAAUAACGUUCCAGAUGAUUUCAUCGAAAUCUCUGAGAUGAUUUGCUAAAGCACAUUCUCAAUAGAUAGUGCUUCAUUCUUGGUUUUUAUUUAAUGCACACUCAACACACGAAUGGCUCUCGGUAUUUUAGAAAAGAAUCGGCUCAACACCCCCACCCGUGGCUUCCUGGCGCAUUUAAGAUGAAGUCCAGAGAUGUGACCAUGACCUUCCAGGCCUUUUUGCAUCUGGCUCGUCUCCCUAUUCUCCUGCUCGCCUGUGACCUGUGAACCUCCAGGCAGGGACGGCCUCGGGUCUCUCCUUCCUGGGAGGCUCUCCCCGCCGUCCAGGGUGCAAGCGCAGUGCCUCUGGCCGGGAGCUGCCCCGCGUGCCGGCUGUUGGACGGCCGCCCCCCUUCCCGUGGCGCGCGGGCGCAGGAGCCUGUUCAGUCCCUGCGGUGCCCACGGAUGCUCGCUCUCCGCCCUCAGUUCCCGCCGGCCCCACAGCGCCUAGAUAAGGCCCGACGAGGCUACAACAUACUUGUUGAUCAAGUGAAGGAAAGCAACACACAUAAAGAACUGACUUUUUGUUGUUGUUUUUACAAAAAUUGGACCGUCCUCUAUGUGCCAGUUUUGUUCGUGCCUCCGGAUAUGUACCUGUGUGUUUGGAACGUCUCCGCAGCGCCUCGAGGUCUCUAUCCCUAAUGAACCCCGAAAGUACUAUGCCCAGAAGAAACGCGGAACCAAGGUCCCCGGAAAGGACGUUGGGGUUAGAGGGAUGCCAGUCGCUCUCAAUUGCUGAUCCCAUUUAAAAUUAUGAAGGGACACAGUCACAUUGUGAGUUCCUGUAACUUCUGUGUGGAUGACACAAAGCUCCUCAGUGGCUCCUAUGACUGCACUGUGAAGCUGUGGGAUGCUGUGGAUGGCUCAGUCAUUCGGGAUUUUGAGCACGGGCCCAAUGCUCCUGUUUUAGAGUGCAGCGUGACGGCUGACAGCAAAAGAACCUGUAGCCAUAACUGUCUGGGUCAUUUUCUUGGCAGAAUUAUUGCAGCGUCCUAUGACAAAGCAGUGAGGGCUUGGGACCUUGAGACAGGCAAGCUGCUGUGGAAGAUCAACCACGAAACCUUCAUAGCCUCCUGUAAGCUUUCUCCUGAUGGCAAAUACGUGGUCUCAGCCUUGGACGUGGAUCGCGGAAUCUGUAUAACAGAUGCGGAAAACGCCACCACUGUGUCACACAUCAAAAAUCAUCACAGCCGGUCUCUCACGGCAUGCUGCUUUGACCCCGACAGCCAGAAGGUGGCUUCCGUCUCAUUGGACAAAAGCAUCAAGAUCUGGGAUAUUACAUCCCAAGCCACGCUGCUCACCAUCACCAAGGCACAUUCCAGUGCGAUCUCUAACUGCUGUUUCACCUUCAGUGGCCAUUUCCUGUGUACAAGCUCUUGGGAUAAAACCUUAAAAAUCUGGAAUGUCCAUACAGGGGAGUUUCGAAACUGCGGAGCCUGUGUGACUCUGAUGCAGGGCCAUGAAGGUUCUGUGAGCUCCUGCUGCUUUGCCAGAGACACCUCUUUUCUCGUGUCUGGAGGGCUCGACAGGACUGUGGCUAUCUGGGAUGUAGGAGAAGGCUACCGGAAGCUCUCCUUGAAGGGCCAUAGUGACUGGGUGACAGAUGUUGCCAUUAGCAAUGACAAGAAACGGGUCCUGUCUUCUUCAAAGGAUAGGACCAUGAGACUAUGGAAUAUUGAAGAAAUUGACCAAAUUCCUUUGGUCAUAAAGUACAAAAAGGCCCUGGGCUCAAAGGUGAAACAGUGUGAAGUGUGUGACAGGCCUUUCUCCAUCUACGAAAGUGACAUCUUUUCUGAAACCGUCACCAAAUGUGUGUUCUGCCGGAUGGAUGCAAAAGACUUGUCAGCAGAGGCCUCAUCAUCAUCCGGAGGGGAAGGCUCACUAGCAAGGGAGUGCAGCCCGGCCACAGAUGACUGAUGGCCAUUGGGCCUGUUGACUGACUUGAGCACAGGUCACCUGACAUAUGGGUUUUGGGGUUCUGCAGGGACCUUUCUCUAUGGCCCCUUCCUGGCCGGGAAGGCGUAUCAGACAGGGGCAGGGGCAUGGCCUCAGCUCCACAGCACUCUUGGUGGCGGAGAUCAUACACUUUUUUAGUUUUCAUGACGAAUAAAUCUAGAUUCCUUUAGAAAACAAGCAUAUGUGUGAAUUCUAGAGGCAUUUUUGCUCCUUCUAAGCUUUAUGACCUGGUGUUCCUGGUGUCAUUUUUGGAACACAUUCUGGACUCUGGUGUUGCCCUGUGAGGCAGCCAGGCUAGCAACUGCAGCUCCUGUGGACGGCUCUGUCAAACGACAGGAAGAUGUGUGGGGACCCCUCCGGGGAGGAGACUGUUGUGUGGCAAGGCACUCUGGGUCGUCCCUGGUUAAUGCUCCUAGACGGCCAUCCACCCAGAGCAGAGGAAGGUCUGGUUAGGCAGGUGGGCGGAGGGCAUUUCCAUCACAGGGUGGGUCAUCCUCUCCGCCCCAGACUUUUCCAGAAUGCCCAGGCAGAUGUAGAGCCCUCCUCCUGCUCCCACAGCAUACCGUACUACAUAAAUCAAUUCCUUCAGAAGGUUUCAUGGACAAACAGGAAGGGCUCCCUUUCCCAUUUGCUAUGGCUCGCACGAUUCCUGUCAGUCGUUAGCACUGCCCUUGCUUUGUUUAAAAAACUUAAUUGUAGGUCUGAUUUAUUUAGCGUAUUUGACUGGCAUCCAAUGACUCUGCCCAUGAGCACCGUAACCUGGUAGUCACUAUUUGGGCAGGUUCCGUGCUUGGGCGCUGCCCUCCUCAGUCAUAACCCUGGUGACUCUGGUCACCCUGGGGCUGGCUGUUCAGUAUGUAUCCACUUAUCCACAUGAAUGAUGUAUGAACAUGUCAAAGCUCCACUUCACGCUCUCUUUCAAAGAGAAUUCCUUUUGCUAAGUGGUCUCCCUCCUGCCGCACACGGCACGCACAAAGGAGUGCUUCCCCUUCUGCGUUGGAGGACGGCUCGGCUGCAGGUACCAACAGUGUCGCACCGAUGGGCACAUAGCUUUGUUUCUCGAUUUUUGCUAUUACAGAUAAUACUGGAGUAAAUCUUCUUGCGCAUAUGCACUUGCGGAGUCUAACAUUUCUGCGGAUGAGGCUCUCCCACGGGUGGGUGAAUGAAUGGAUUGGCUCGAAGGCCCUCUGAAAAGUGUUGGGAAGAGGUGGCUGCGCUGUCCGGGCGAGGAGACCCAAGAAGCUGCAGGCGAGCACCCUGCCAGCUCUGGCAGCACGUGCGGUGUCGGUGCUCCGAGGCCAGCGGCCUGGGUUCCUCGAAGCUCCGGAUCCCUCAGGGCCGGCGGCUCAGGCGCCCGCGGUGCCCUCCCGCGGGAGAGGCGGCCCCACCGAAGGUCUGGUCGCGGCAGGCAGGCAGAUGCCGCCCCCGGAGCGGGCAGGGCCGCCCACCCCCAGUGCGUCCGGGGCGCGCCGCAGGCUCCCGGGCCCAGGGCUCCAGCGCGGUGAGCGAGGCCACGGCGAGCUGUGCGCCCAGACCGGACGCCGGGGGCCUGGGCCUCGCGGGACAGCGGCG